AUGGAGGAGAAUAAUAAUAAUAAUGAUGAUGAUACGAGUACAAGUACUACUAGUAAUAAUAACAAUAAUAGUAGUAGAGGAUUAGAGAUUGUACCAUAUAUAGAAGAAUCAUUAUUUAUAGAUAAUAUAAAGAUUGUUAUUGAAGUGCUUAGUGACAGUGACGACGAUGAAGAUGAAGAUGAAGAUGGUGACGGUCAAGAUGAAGAAGAUCAAGAUGAAGCUAUCAAAUAUCAAAAGACUUGUAUUCAUAAUAGUUGUCAAACUGGAAGGAACACAUGGUUUACGAAUGGUAAAAGAGGUGACCGAUUCCUCUUUUCAACGAGGGGAAUCAGAGUUAAACACGAUAACAAGAUGCACAAGGAACCAUGUCCAAACAGUGCAUCUUGUCCUGGUUGUCUUCGAAUGCCUACAAAACCUUGUCCACACAUUGUAUGUGGUCGACGUAUCACUAGUAAUCGUCUCUUUGCUCAUGUCAACGAUCGAAUUCUACAUCCUUUUUGUCCUGUAAAUUCUUGUAUGGCUUGUAAAGCAAUCAAUAUCAACUUGUAUAAUCAGAAUAAGAUAAAGAAUCAACAAUCAAAUAAUCAAAAUAAUAAUAAUAAUAGAAACAACAAAAGAAAAAAGAAUAAUAGCAAGGAUAGUGAAAGUGAUAGUAGUGAUAGUAGUGAUUCAGAUAGUGAUUCAGACAGUAGUAGUAGUAGUAGUGAUGAAGAGGAAAAGGAAAAGAAAUUAAAGAAUAGAGUGAGACGUGAUGAAAUCAUAUCUUGUAUCAAUCCACUUCAUCAAACCGUCUGCAGCACCAAACCAGAACUUCCAGUGUCCGAGUUCUACUUUGUGCCCGGAUCCAAAAGAUUGAGAGUACACUCUAGGUUUUGUAAACGUUGUUACAAUUGGAGAACAAACAAUGCAAAAAUUAAACGAUUGGCAAAGGCAAAAGAAGAAGAGGAAAAGAGACGACAAAGGGAAAAAGAAGUAUCUGGCAAGGAAAUCGUCACUCAUCAACCAUUAAAGAAAAGAAUUAAAAGUUCUUUUAUUGCUAAUAAUAGUAGUAUUAGUAUUAGUAGUAGUAGUAGUAGUAAUAGUCCAAUCUCACCAAACAGUUCGAGUGAAGAAGAGGUGACAGUGACUCUUCCACCUCCUACUGCCUCUUCUUCCUCUUCUUCAUCCUCUUCAUCUCUUUUCAAAAAGAAUGAUUUAUUUGACCUGGGGUCAUUGAUGAAACAAGCUGACAAUAUGGUCAUGUUGGAUGACAAUGCAACAUCAACACCAUCUAUCCCUAUUUUCAAUCUUAAAUCAUCACCAACGAAAACAACACCGACUAUAAAGAAUAAUAAUAAUAAUACAACAACAACAACAACAAAGAAUCAACAACGACAACAACAAGAAACAACAAAGAAUUGUACAAAUGAAUAUCAUCAAGUGUGGUGGGGAACUUCACCAAACGAUAUACCAGUAUCCAACUUUUAUCGAAUAGAUAAAAGAUUUCAUGGGAAAUGUGUGCCUUGUUUUAACGAGUAUGGCAGAAUGCAUCGACUGAAACAGAGAAAGGGCCUAUCAUCAGUACCACCACUUGAUGCCCCAAGAACAAAAAUCAAAGGUCCGACCUCUGCCUCUACCACAACAAUAGUCACCAAACAAAAGGUCAAGAAUGCAACCAAGAAUACUGUUAGCAAGAAUGUUGUUAGCAAGAAUAAUAUUGCUAGCAAGAAUAUUGUUAGCAAGAUUGUUAGCAAAAAGAAAAUUAAAGCAAAACGACCAUCACUUUAUUCUGAUGACGAGCAAGAAGAUUCAAAUGAUGAACAAAAUCAACAACAACGGUCAACAGAAAAGUUUUCUUUUCAACCAACAAAACAACAACAACAACAAAUGAUUGAUAGUGAUAUAGAGAUUGGACCAGACUCUUAUGACGACGAAGAUGAAGAUAAUCAAUACACCGAUAAUAAUAAUAAUAAUAACAAUAAUAACAAUGUCAAUAUAAAUAUCAAAAUUCAACAAACUAUUAAUAAUAAUAUGGAUAAUAGUGUAAAUAAUAAUAAUAAUAAGAAUAAUAAUAAUAAUAAUAAUAAUUUCAACAACAAAAACAAGAAUGGAGGAAAUCAAAUUCGUGAUCAAAAUAAUCAUUUUGAUGAAAUGAAAAUUGAUUUACCAACAUCAUCAUUAUCAUCACCAUCUUCAUUGGCAACAACUACGACUACAACAACGACAACAACCAUGACAACGACAACAACUACAACUACAACAACCGAAGCCACUCCAUCUUUAUCAUCAUCAUCAUCAUCAACUUGUUUAUCUCCACUAUCACCAUCUUCAUUGCCAACAUCAACAUCACUAUCGAUAGUACCAUUUGUAUCACCAAUGGUGACACCAGAAUCGAUCAUACCUGAAAAUGCAGAUCCAACAUCACCAUUUAUUCAACAAUUAAUUAGUAUUUUGAUGAAAAAAUAA